AGACGUUCCUAGCUUGGCACACAAUUCGGGUCGCAAAAUGAAGCCGUUGACGCUGGUGCUCACUGUGUUUCUUCUAGGAGGCACCGCCGUGCUGUCGGUGGUGUCAGCAGCCCACCUACCGGUGCCGUACUUCGAUCAGCGCAUCAGCGGUGGACCGUUGUCGAGCAGUGACAUUGCCUACUUGCGGCGCCUGGUCGAAUCGGAGUCCGCCGACGAGGUAACCACCGUGGAGCCUGGCUCGUCGGAGUCCGGCACCGAUGGCUGGGAAAACUCGUGCCUCGGCGAAACGGACCAGCCCAGCGAUGGCCAUCCGUGUGCGGAUGAAUCGAGCGAGGCGUCGUCGUUGUCGUCGGACGAGUCCUCGAGUGAGGAGCAGCCACAUUAGGGGCACCCCAUCAUUGAUCCUUGGAAAACGGCGGGUCGGUGGUCUUAUUUGAAAUAAAAGCGUGCGCGGGAAAUGGCAAAAUGGA